ACAAUUUCCCUGCAACAACGUAAUUUUAAACAAAAAAUUGUCGCCUUGCUGAAACGCUUUAAGGCUUCUGAGGAAUUGGAGGGUGAUGUGAAUCGCGGUACAGCUGCUUUACGAGGCGAACGUGAUUUGGAUGCAUUAUUUCAAGAGUUGGAAUCGUUGUCAUGUUGUGAGGGUGAUGAUUCAGGUCCUGAUAUGGACACAUUAUCAAUUGGCUCCACACCGAAACCUUCGCUGCGUCCAUUUUUCACUAAUUCACGUAUAAUGUUGCACGACAAUGGCGGUACUGGCAACUUUGAACGCAGAUCAUCGGAUAAAAGCGACCAAUUGACCAAUUCGUCUUACAAUAUUGAAAAUAACAAACAAAAAUGCAUUCAUUUAACAAACAAUAAUAAUUCGGCAACAACACCAGAUCGUGGUAUAGAAUAUCGCAACGAUAGUUCUGGAAAUGAAGGUAACACAUUUAAUAUAGAUGGCCAAUUCUCCGACUCGCAAAAUAGUCCUCCACGUACUGAAAAAGAUUAUAUACGCUUACAACAGCAGCAAUCACACCAAGUAACACCCAAUAAUUCCAAUUUCAGUGUUAGUAGUGCAGUAAUAACACAACCGCCCAGUGAAAAACGCUCUCGUCUAUUUCGCACUUCAAGUAAUACGCCCAGUGGUACCAGUGGGGGUAAAAAGAAACAGACUCUUAGUUUAAGCGCAGAACCGCGCUCAGUAUUAGAGACAUGCCUGUCUCCAACUAAUGUAGAACCGCGUAAAAUGCUUUUAGAUCAGAUAAGUAAGGAAUUCUCCAGUGAAGAUGCUGUCAUACCUGAUGUGGUCACGAUUAUAACUCCACCAGAGGCAUUAAGUGGUAGCAGUUUUAUACCAAAGCUUACAACGAUUUUUGCAAAUUCAUUUAAACCAUCGUUUGUACCUCAAAAUACAGCGGAGGUGAAAGCAGUACUACAGGCGCUUAUGGUGAAAAUUCAGAAAUAUUGUAAUUCCAAUGCAAAACCACCAAAUACAGUAAAAAUAUUGCUUAUUGGCGGGGAUUGGCUGCAAGGUGCUGCACUGCGGCAUUACGUUGAGCUGAUGGGCGUGAGACCACCAGAUUGGCUCAAUCAUUUACGUUUCUACAUUGUGCCGAUUGGUAGCAGUGCUAUUGCAAGAUAUCUAAGUCAAAUGGAUCAAGCAUACGGUUCCAUGUUCGGCACUGAAAAUUGGUAUCAAUUGUGUGAACGUGUGGCUGUUACAGCCGCUGCUGUUAGUGCAGUGACAACGGUCAAUGCAACCGCACUCACGUCUUCGCUCGCUGAUAAUGCUAAUGCAAAUAAGUUCAAUAUAGUGGAUUUAUUGAUACGUAUACAAAAAUAUUUACAAGCGGCCGGACCCUGUGCUCAAAUACCAAUUGCGGAAGCUAUGGUCAAUUAUAAAGACGAAGAUUCUUGCCAGAUUUUUGUGCCAUUCAUUUCUGAUGUGCGCAUUGGUUACCUCGAAGGUCCACAAGCUUCACUUGAUCUCGAAGAAAGUAUGACUCAAUCUACAACGAGUGUAGCACAACAAACAAGUGCUACUAGUGCAAUUCCAAUUGGAAAUUCUGCUUCCACAACUAUGAUUGGUGGUGGUAAUAUUAUGAGUGGAAAUGGCUCACCACCGCAAAGUGGACGUAUUACACCACCAAAUCAAACACCACCAUCAUCAGCAACAUCACAACGUGAACGUAUAGGUGAUAACUUUGGUACACCACAACAGGUUAAUGUUGUACAAGUUGAACCAGUAGAGCUGCAAGUUGACUACUGGCCGAUUCUAAGACAUAGUGAUCAUUCUAUUAAGGAUAAGAGUAUCACGCGAAGUGGUGAUCAGGGUGGCAAAAAUAGCAUUAAGAGUACAUUUAGAAAUCUACAGGUAUGGCGUUUGCCGCAAAAUGCUCAAAUUGGUGAAAUGUCUAGUGGAUUGACUGUUAGUUUUGCGACUAAGGAAAAGAAACAAAAGCAAAUUAUGCGUUUGGGCAAGAAAAAGGAAAAAGAUCGUGAUCUCGAAAAGGAACAAUGUGUAGAAGGUGUUGCACGUUUAAUAUGUUCUCCAAAACAAUCUCAUCCAGUACCAUUAAAAGUAUAUAUCGAUGGCACAGAAUGGACUGGUGUUAAAUUCUUCCAACUAUCAUCUCAUUGGCAGACGCACGUUAAAAAUUUCCCAAUUGCCCUAAUUGGACAUUUGCAAUUUCCUUGCGCUGAAAUAUCCUAGUCAUUUUAAUUUAGUUUUAAAAUCAAUAUGAAAAAGGGAAAAAUACAUCACAAAAAAAAAGAACAAAAAACAAAA